ACUGCACACACGGCGCAAGCGAGAGCGCGUCUUCGGGGACUAUUCGUCGGCACUGCUGCCAAACCGGGGGCAGCCCGCCGCUUUAUUGAUAGUUCGAGCCUUUUUGCAUGCGGCGUCACGAUGCAGUAAGUCACGUAAUAAUUCCUGCGGGUUUUGACAGGUUUGCCGGACGGCAAAGUGGCGCAAUAAGGAGUGCAGUUGAAGGAAAUAGACGCGCAAAUAUGGCACCAUGACGCUUUUGGCGCACGGAGCUUUCUGCAGCAUUUCUCGGUGUUUGCUUCUUUGCUGAUCGGAAAAAAAAAAAAAAAUGCCUCACGCUCGAAAUAGGAACCCCAGCCCCAUCCCGGAGGUGACAUGGGACACGGGUUUGAAGGAGAUGAACGAGACGUGGAAAGGCGCGAUCGCGUGUCUCGGCGUGGCUGUUUUCUUCGUCAUGACCAUCGGGAUCAUUUACUGGCAAGUGGUGGACCAGCCCAACAAGAACUGGAUCCUCAAGGGGACGUUCAGCGGACUCGUCUGGGAGAGAAGGACCCACUCCUUGGUCAUCCAGACCCUGGCGGAGGACAGGACUUACGUGGAGAUAGACGUCGGGAACGUGGGGGACCCCGACCUGGAGGUUCCUUUCGUCAGGAACCUGUGCUGGCUCAACAAGACCGAGUUCUGCUACACCUGGGACAAGGUGGCCGAGAUCAAGAUCUCCCUGGACGCGGACGAGGACGCGGGGAGCGAGUGUUACAGUAUGACGUGGACGCCGGUGCAAUGCCAUGUGCAGCUCAAGGACUGCUUCUCCAUGACAAACAUAUCCUGGUACGGCGGCGCCAGUGUCAACGGUCAGACGUGGCCAAUUAAUGAUCAAAACGCCACCAUGCAGCCCUUCGUGGUCAGCGACCUCAAGGAGAAUCCCUCGGGCUUCGGCUCUGCACUGGAGCGCUACUUCCUUGGCUCCUCAGGCGUGGCCCUGCUGGUGUCUCCUGACCUCCCCCUGCAGCUGGGGAUGGACAGCAGACAACAAUUCUGCCUGCAGUCGCUGCCCAGUAUGGAUCUCCUCCCGCUGCAGUACACCGUUUGUGUGGCCAACAAUGUGAAGGCAGCUCACCAGGAAGCAGUGCAGCAGCUCUCCCCGCUCCAUCGGGAGAUACCCAACAUGAGUGCUCUGUGGCUGCCAUUCUGGAAGCUACUCAGCAAUGUGGAUUCGGGACAGAAGGUGGAGAGGGAACUGAGAACCUUCUCUAACCGUCUUAGAAGACACCAGCUCGGGGAAGGAAUCAUCAGCCUCAAUGAACAUUCCACCAACCUCCUCUCUGAAAUGGACCACGACUACCUCAACAACAGGAAGAGAGGGAAGUCCAAGAGACUUACCAGGGACCUCCCACUUGUCAAGCUUCUUAACAUUUCCGUCACUCUGUCCCCUUUCCUGAGCGUGGACAACACGCAGUUCCAUACGUCCCUCCUGGAUGGCACUGAGGCCUUCUGGCUCAGUCUCCCCUCAGCUCCUCGCGGUCAGCUGGUCCCUUUGUUGACUCAGUGGCAGGGGAAGUUCUGUGUAAAACUGAACGUCACAAACCCUGGAGCGGUGAGCUGGUUCCUGGACAGAGUGGGAUCCUUACAAGCACAUUUGGGAAUGGAGUAUAUCCUGCUGGAAGGCGGUGAGAGAAAUUUGUUUGAGGAACAGGCAUUAAGGCCACCUCAGACUCUGGGUGGGGACACGUACAUCAGCCUGUUGGCCGACGUGGCCGCCAGGAUCGGAGACUCCACCAUCAUGUCAGCGGGGACAAGGUCCAGUCACAAGCCAGUAUUUCUAAGGAUGACACCCCUUCAGUCUGACUGGGGCCCAAUGGGCCUGAAGGGCAUCAUUCCCUCCCUGCUGCACCACACUCUGCUGGGAUACAACUUCCUCAUUCCUGAUGCAGUAGGUGGCUCUCUAUCUGGAGACAUGGUCACGGAUGAGGAGUUGUUCAUCCGUUGGCUGGAGAUUGUUUCGUUCCUCCCUGUCAUCAGCUUCUACACACCACCAUGGGUCUGUGGAGAAGACCGGGUGCUCAACUUAACUCGGAUAUACAUAACCAAGCACCAGAGGGAUGUGGUGCCACUGAUAGAAAAGUAUGCGGAGGAGUGGCAGGAGACGGGAAGCCCCAUCUACCGGCCCAUGUGGUGGCUCAGUCCAGAAGACCCGCUCACCUUCGCCAUCGACGACCAGUUCAUCAUUGGAGACGAGGUUCUGGUGGCACCGGUGGUGGAGAAAGGGGCCGUGAGGAGGGACAUUUAUUUACCUGACGGGGGCUUCCAAUGGCAGGACAGCCAGAACGCUCAAGUGUUCGAUGGAGGGACGUUCCUGCAGGACUACCCGGUGCCCUUGGAGGCGGUGGGUCUUUUCUUUCGGCGAAGAUGAUUGUCUCCGUUUAAAAAAAAACUUGUGCUGUUCUAAACUUGCACUUUUCCACAAAAAGACCAUUAACUGCCUCAAGGCCUUGUCUUGGAGCAGCAUGUAGAAAUAUAUCUUUAUACUUGCACUUUAUUCUAAGAUGUCUUUGUUUUCCCUUUUUUAACAAUGUUAAUCAGUUUUACCUCUUGGCUGAUUUUGAAAUAUUUGGAAUUUUUGUUGUUGUUGUUGCUGCUGUCCUGCGUACGGUGGCCUGGAAGUGCAAGACGCUUACAUUUCAUGAAAGAACUUAAAAAUUACAGAAAACAAAUUAAAGUUAAAGCACCACUGAUAGUCACACACACACUAGGUGUGGUGGAAUACCCUCUGCAUUUGACACAUCCCCUUGUUCCACCCCUUGGGAGGUGAGGGGAGCAGUGAGCAGCAGCGGUGGCCACGCCCGGGAAUCAUUUUGGGGUUUUGAAGACAUAACAGCUUACAAUUACACAAACCAAAUGAACAAAAGACAAACAUUUACAAAUACACCAAGCAAAUCACAGAAGACAAAACUAAUUCUAAUUUUAAUCACGUGAAUAAUUUGGCACGAGUUGGAGUAUUUUAGUGAAAUGAGGAACUAGCGACCGUGUGGAAAUGGAAAAAAAAAACAAUCUGUCAAUCUGUGGUUUGGGACAUUCUCUGUCCAGUUUCUGCACAGAUUUGUAAUGUUGAGUUGUCUUUUGUUUGUGUUUUGUGAAAUUAUAAAUCGGUAGGGUGCUGAAAAACAGUCAAUUUACAUCCGAAACAUGAUUUCUAUUUAUUUCAAUUUUAAAAAUCAAUUGUUUAACAAAAAAAAAAGUUAAACCUUUUUUUUUUUUUUUUUAAUUAAUCAAUCCUAAAAAAUAAUACACGAUGAUACCAUAAUAAUACAAUUCCAAUUCCAAAACCGAACCCGGCCAAGCAACAUUCAGAAUAGCAAUCAACAGAGCAAUUGGGGACACAAAAUAAUCCAAAAUGAGUCAAACAAAAAUGAAUAAUAUCAACAACUGUAUCAGUUGGCCCCAUUCAGCAACCGUUUUUAAGAACAAAUGUUGUUCUUAGGCCCACUUGUGAAUUUUUCAAGGAGAUUUUUAUAUUCACCAAUGUUUUCUUAAGAACAAAAUCUAAGAGUGCCUCGGAGCACUCUUAGGGUGGUCCAUUUGUUAAGUGUGACAAUUUCCCUUGCUUCUAUUGUGUAAUGUUAAAUUAAUAUCAUAGAUGGAUGGAUGGAUGGAUAGAUAGAUAGAUAGAUAGAUAGAUAGAUAGAUAGAUAGAUAGAUAGAUAGGAGACAGACAGACAGACAUAUCGCAAAAUGACUACUAUACCGUGUGCGUGCACACACGCACACCAUUUCUGUUUAACGUCCUCAACUAUGUGGGCCUCGCUGCUUGACACCAUGUUUACCGCAUCGGUUAUAGUGCCCCAGAUCUUAGCUUUAUAUCUGCCCUUAAACCCCGAGUUUGCACUGCUAAGGAUCACUACUUAGUUUUUCGCCCCUUCCUGCAAUAGAACCUCCAAUUUCUGAACUCGACCAAUUUUUCUUCCGCUUCGGGGCUACCUCAGCAGUCCCCCCUUUCUUAAACUUACGUUUUGACAUUAUGUAAUUCCCCCCGCGGGAUAAUACGAAUUUCUCUUCUGUAAUCUUUUUGUGUUUUCUCCGUGUGUUUGAUGUUCGGCUUUUCCGCCAGAAUUCUGCCCUUAUAUGGGGAAUUAAGGGCGUUUACCAAUGCAAAUUAUGGAAUUAGGGUGUUUACAUAUACAUAUUGGGGGAAUAUAUCAGAGUUAGUUGGUGACGAACCCCAAGAUGCAGAGAUGGAGGCAGGCAUUGAAUAAGAAAAUGUGAUUUAAUUCAAAUUAAACUAGAACAAACAAAAGGGGUACAACAAAAAGCGCGCACGUGGGCGGAUAACAAACAAAAAGAGUUAGUAUGGGAACUAGAGAAUAAACUGAGUUUAUCAUGGAAGUUAGCAAAAACAAAAAGACCUAGCAUGGAAGCUAGCAGGUCUCGAGCAGGAAACAGAAGUCGUACAUGUAAUAUGAAAAACAAACUUGGAAGCAGGGAACAAAAGCAGGAAGCUAUAAACCGCAAUCAAAUAAAGCUUACCACAACGCUGCAUUAACAAGACAUGAUACGACAGGUAGCAACGACAAGAGCGACAUCGACAUGACAAUAAUCCAUUACUGAAUGGAAGACAGAGCAGGUACAAAUAGGAGCGGGCUGAUUGACACCAGGUGUGGCCAGGUGCCAAUCAGUUGCAGCUGGGGGGAAACAAAGCACUCAGGGAGACAAACAGGAAGCUGAACCAAAAUAAGAGUGUUGACAGGAAAUACUAAACACACAGAGGAAAAACUAAAACACAAACAAACUGUCAGUGGCAAACCUGACAAAAUAAGGGCGUGUUUAUAUGCAAAUUAUGAUAGACACGCACGCGCUAACCAUUUGGCAUUCAGCAACUUAAAAACAGCAGGUGGGAACAAUUUGGCCGUUUAAGGACACGUCAUGAAUUUGAAUGGAUUCCUCUGAGAAAACACUUAGGAAAAAAGAUAAGAGGGAAAGUUGGGAACAUAUUGCCAACUAGGGCCCAAUAUUAAUAAGAAUUCCAACAUAGCAAUGACUGGAAAUCCCUCAUUUACAUCAUCAUCACAGCAAUUUAUAAAAAAAUAAAAUAAAAUAAAAACAUUAAAAAAAAAAUUUUAAAAAAAUUUUUAAGAAAACAAUUUGAUUCGGAAUUUUAAAAAAAACAACUUUAUUUAUUUGUUGUUGUUUUUUUAAUAGUAAUAAUAACUUAGAUUUAUAACGCGCUUUUCUAAACACUCAAAGCGCUCACAGAGAAGUGGGACUCAACAUCCAUUCACACCUGGAGGUGGUAAGCUACAUCAGUAGCCACAGCUGCCCUGGGAUAGACUGACGAAUUUAAGAAUUCCAUCCAUCCAUCCAUCUUCUUCCGCUUAUCCGAGGUCGGGUCGCGGGGGCAGCAGCCUAAGCAGGGAAGCCCGGACUUCCCUCUCCCCAGCCACUUCGUCUAGCUCUUCCCGGGGGAUCCCGAGGCGUUCCCAGGACAGCCGGGAGACAUAGUCUUCCCAACGUGUCCUGGGUCUUACCCGUGGCCUCCUACCGGUUGGACGUGCCCUAAACACCUCCCUAGGGAGGCGUUCAGGUGGCAUCCUGACCAGAUGCCCGAACCACCUCAUCUGGCUCCUCUCGAUGUGGAGGAGCAACGGCUUUACUUUGAGUUCCUCCCGGAUGGCAGAGCUUCUCACCCUAUCUCUAAGGGAGAGCCCCACCACACAGCGGAUGAAACUCAUUUCGGCCGCUUGUACCCGUGAUCUUAUCCUUUCGGUCAUUACCCAAAGCUCAUGACCAUAGGUGAGGAUGGGAUCGUAGAUCGACCGGUAAAUUGAGAGCUUUGCCUUCCGGCUCAGCUCCUUCUUCACCACAACAGAUCGGUACAACGUCCGCAUUACUGAAGACGCCGCACCGAUCCGCCUGUCAAUCUCACGAUCCACUCUUCCCUCACUCGUGAACAAGACUCCUAGGUACUUGAACUCCUCCACUUGGGGCAGGGUCUCUUCCCCAACCCGGAGAUGGCACUCCACCCUUUUCCGGACGAGAACCAUGGACUCGGACUUGGAGGUGCUGAUUCUCAUUCCGGUCGCUUCACACUCGGCUGCGAACCGAUCCAGUGAGAGCUGAAGAUCCCGGCCAGAUGAAGCCAUCAGGACCACAUCAUCUGCAAAAAGCAGAGACCUAAUCCCGCGGCCACCAAACCGAAACCCCUCAACGCCUUGACUGCGCCUAGAAAUUCUGUCCAUAAAAGUUAUGAACAGAAUCGGUGACAAAGGGCAACCUUGGCGGAGUCCAACCCUCACUGGAAAUGUGUCCGACUUACUGCCGGCAAUGCGGACCAAGCUCUGGCACUGAUCGUACAGGGAUCGGACUGCCACAAUAAGACAGUCCGAUACCCCAUACUCUCUGAGCACUCCCCACAGGACUUCCCGAGGGACACGGUCGAAUACCUUCUCCAAGUCCACAAAGCACAUGUAGACUGGUUGGGCAAACUCCCAGUCACCCUCAAGAACCCUGCAGAGAGUUGCCACCUUACCGUGGUAGAGGAGUUUGCGUGUCCCAAUUUAAGAAUUAUUUUUCUAAAUAUUUUUUUAGGCCAAUCUCUGCGCUUGAUCGCUGCACGUACACAUCGUACAUCAGCGAACAAGAGGGGCUUCUGUAACCUGUAACUUUCAAUCUAAUUCUUGUAGCAAAUAAGAUAAGGCUAGAAUCGGUUUUAAUCGAGAAUCGAAUGGAAGUCGUUGGAAGAUUCACAUCCCUCGUAACUUGUUUUGCCUUUUGUCAACAGGUUUUUUUGGAAAUUGUGAGGUAUUUCAUGAAAUGUAAAAGGUUUUUAACGCACUUGCAGGCCAUCGUAUCUUACUUAGUAUGUAAUCCGUGCGUUUACAUACCUUGGUUGUUGUUGCAUUUCAACAGUUUUUAAUGUUAUUAGCUGCUGCUGCUGCUGCUGUCUCUGUUAAUAAGGAGGAGCCCUUUGUUGCUUAAAAUGAACCUGAAUCUGACAAGAAGACCAAAUGGACAUUAAAUGAUGUUGAAAGGGGGUUUUAUUGGGGGAAAUUUAGGGGUACCAUGCUCACACGUAAAAAAAAAAAAAAAGCAAAAAAACGGCUUUUACUUGAAUUUAUUAGGCCUUAGUGCUGAUGUUAUGAAUGUACCUCAUCCCUUAAAUUGUCACUGCUUUACAGAAUCACCCCCUUGGCACUUAUUCAACUUAAUUUUACCUUGUUAACACCUGAAUGUCCCAUAGUACUGUAGGCACUGAUAUUGUAAUCUUUGAAUAUAUAUACAUCUGCCGCAUUUGACCUUCUUAUAACAACCUGCUGUAGCGAGGGGGGUUCUCGCCGUCGCCUCCUUUCGAAUUUGUACUCGACUAUUGCGUUGAUAUCUUGUUUCAGCUGUGCGAGAAAGGAAGAGAACCUUACGUCCUUUCUCGCUGCUUACAAAAAAAAAGACCAUUUAAUACAGUCUUAUAAAUACUCUAACAAAACAGAUCCAAUGCAAGAAAGAACCAUAGGAAAUCAUUCAGUCUUUAUUAAUAUUAGUGCUUAUUUUUCUCUCCAUGCUGGUGUCUCUCAGCACAAUAAUAAACAUACAGUCAUACUUGCCAACCCUCACGGAUUUUCCGGGAGACUCCCGAAAUUCAGCGCCUCUCCCGAAAAUCUCCCAAAAUUCAGGCGGAGCUGGAGGCCACGCCCCCUCCAGCUCCAUGUGGACCUAAGUGACGUGUAUAAAGAGCGUGCCUACCCAAUGACGUUCUAACUGUAGAAUGAUCGAAGGCGAGUUCUUGGUUUCUUAUGUGGGUUUAUUGUCAUUAACGUCCUCCCAGCGCGGUAAAACAACACACAACAACAGCAGUCCGUUUUCGUCUACCGUGAAGCAGUUUGUCGGUCUAAACAGCAAUGUUGUGACACUCUUAAACAGGACAAUACUGCCAUCUACUGUACAUGCAUAUGGUUGGAAAAACAAGGAUGGACAAUUCAACCCUUAACUCAACAAUGAGUAGAUAAGUGUGUAAAUGUG